AUGCCGACCUCCGAACCAAUACCCAGCGACUCCGACCCAAUCCUUCCUCCAGAGGAUGACACCGACGACCUCAUCGUGCCCGGCGAGAACGACGGCACGCUCGUCGCGAUCCGCUCAGACCUAGGCCAUGCGCUGUCCAUCUCCGAGAAGUCGGUCAUCACCGCCGCAACGACGCUGGGCGCCCUCAUCGGUGCCCUGUGCGCGCCGAUCGCGGACCGGGGAAGGAAGAAGGCACUCGCUAUCGCGAAUGUCCUCUUCAUCGCCGGCGCCCUGAUGCAGGCAGUCGCGGGUACCGUUGGGCUCAUGGUCGCUGGCCGUGUUGUUGUUGGUCUCGGCGUCGGACUUGCCAGCGCAACGGCUCCCCUGUACAUCGGCGAACUGGCCCCGAGGGCUCUGCGAGGAAGACUCGUCACCGUCAAUGUGCUCACCUGCACUGGCGGCCAGGUUGUGGCAUACGGUAUCGGGGCGAUGCUCCAAAACCACAAGGGCGGAUGGCGAUGGAUGGUAGGGCUCGGCGCCCUGCCUGCGAUCGUGCAGAUUCUGUGGCUCAAGUUCCUGCCUGAGAGUCCACAACGACCUCGCACAGGCGACUUCGAUUCUGCGACAGAUCUAUCCACGCGCCACGCCCGACCAAGUGGCGAGGAAGACCGCCCUGCUCGCAUCAUCUUUGAGGGCGACAUCGCAAGGAGCCUUGACGCUGUCCGAGAGACUGGCAGCAUUGCUCCUGGGAUCAAACCUGCGACCGCUCAGUGA